AGAAUCUUAUUAUAGUAUUCUCAUGUGAUUAGAGCGCUUUUGAGUUUAUUGUUCAACAGAUUAUCAUCAGAUAGUAACUUAACCUCUCGGUAGUGCUCACAAGUAAUUGAAAUAAAUCCUUUACAAACAUAUAUUUUAAUUUGAAAUUAAAUACAAAUUAUAUUUUAUGUAGUUAAAAAUUGUUUUCAUACGGAAAAAUGUUUGAACAAUCAUUGUGACAGGAAGAAAAGUUUAUUACUUUCAUAAUGAGGUUAUAUAACCUCAAAAUAUAAAAGAACAUAAAUGUAAAUAAUUGUAAAUGAACAAUGUCAGGUUUAAAUUUACUGUGUACGUAUACCUCUGAUUCUGAAGAUGACGAAUUUAAUAAUGAUAGCCACAAAUUUAACGAAGUUUCUAAACGUCUACCUUUGCCUGGAUGUAUAGCAUCGUGGAAAGGUGUUCCACAUCAUGAAGAAGUUGAUGAUGAUCCACUUCAACAUGAGGGACGAACAAGAAGCUUUAAACAUGAACGUGGUAAUUGGGCUACAUUAGCCUACAUUAACUAUGAACCCAGUGAUACUAUGAUAUCAUGGAUGUUUUCAAUAUUGGAAGAAAUACCAGUUAAGAGUAACAUAUUUUCAGAACAGUUUCAUAUUAGUGUAACAAGAACCUUAAUUUUGAAGUUUCAUUGGAUUGAAUCCUUCGUAGAGGAAGUCAAAAAACUAUGUGAACAGACACAUCAGUUUAAUCUGGAACUUCUGAAUAUACGAGCAUACACAAAUGAAGACACGACACGCACGUUUCUUGGAAUAGAAUGUUUUGAGUCAAAAGGAAUACUCAAUAAUUUUGUGAACAAUCUUAAUAAUAUUCUUGCUGAAUAUGAAUUACCACCCUUUUAUGAAGACUCAUCUUAUCAUGUUAGUUUCCUAUGGUGCCUCGGUAAUGAAGUAGCAAAUUUGAAUAAUCAUUUAUACAACUUAACCACAAAACUAAAUCAAUUUUUGGCUGAUCAUGAAGAAGAAAGGAACAUAAAUGUUACCACGAUACACUUGAAAAUCGGAAACAAAUUAUACGCAUUCAAGCUAAGUUGAUAAAUAUUUUUCUUAUUACAGGGUUAAGCAUGAAACGUAACUCUAAAAGUAGCAGAAAUAAUUAAGAUGAUUACGUUUCAUGGUUCACUCAUCAUGUGUAAAAAAUUUAAGUAAGAAUCUUAAGUAACUUACAUAUAUUAUUUAUUAAUAAUAAAAGGUACAUUCCAAAUAAUGAAUACACCUUCUU